AUGGGCGGCUUGUUGUGGGCGCAGCGCCACGCUCCGCGAGCGUUUACAGAUUUAUUGAGCGUCGAGCACGUCAAUCGAGAGGUGGUGCAUUGGAUCAAGGGUUGGGAUAAGGUUGUUUUCGAUCGAAAUCCUCCGCCGGCGACGAUGAAGAAAUUUUACGCCGAUCGAUACGCCGAAAAAGCUGGGUUGAAGAAGCGAAGCGGCACGACGGAGACGCACGUGCAGCUCGACCGCAAGCAACGUCCGAUGGAGAAGAUUCUUCUUCUCUCCGGUCCACCGGGCGCGGGUAAGACGACGCUGGCGCAUGUCGCGGCCAAGCACUGCGGGUACGAGACGAUUGAAAUCAACGCGUCCGAUGACCGAAGUGCGUCCACGUUAAAGUUGAAGCUCGCGGACGCGCUGCAAACGCGAAGCGCCUUUGAGAAGCAAAAGCCAAAGUGCGUGAUCAUCGAUGAAAUCGAUGGUGUACACAACGGAGGCGGCGGCGGUGGAGCCAUUUGGACCGUGAUGCACGCGUUAAAAGAUGUCAAAGGUCAAGCGCCGUUGUGUCGACCGAUCAUCGCCAUCUGCAACGAUUUGUAUGCCCAAGUGUUGCGACCGCUCCGCGACGUCGCCAAGAUUAUUCGAAUGAAACCGCCGCAAACUUCACAUCUCACGGCUCGCAUCAGAGACGCGUGCUUGAAGGAAAAUGUUGACAUCGAACCG